AUGACGAACAACGCUAAGCCUCCUGUGCCCACAUUCCGAUCCUUCCGUUCACAGCGGUCAAAAGCUUCAGAGAAUUGUGACACAAGCAAAAGCUCUGGAAGCUCAGAUCUUGAAGGAUUUAACAAACGCUUUCACAGUAAGCGCACACUUAGACGAAACACUCAUGAAUACCGAGGCUCACAUGAGACGAGAGGAGAUGACGCAUCCAAGCUCUUCGUUAUUGACCGUCUUGGAGACUUGAAUUCGGCCAAAUAUGGUCCGAGUUCACACUCUGCACCCUUGAAUACGACAUCCUCAGAUCGAGUAAAAAGACCGCGUCACAACAAAUCCUUGUCAGAGCUUGAGGGAUCUGCCACUGAAAAGGAUUUCAUACCUGUCAGUUUGAAAGAUCAUUCACAAUAUCCGCUGUACAGAGACCCUUAUCAAGGGUCUCAUAGUGCUUCCAUAUCUGACGUUGACGGAGGACCUGUGUUUUCAGCAACGUCAGCACAAGAGGAAAUUCGUUUUUUGCAAGUCCAGAUCUCGAAACAUCCAGAUGAUGUAUCUGCAUGGAUGAAGCUAGUAGAUGCACAGAUACUUCUUUUCGAUAAGGCUAACAUUGCUGACGCUUCUCUUGUUGAAUCCACAUUAGCUCAAAUGAAGCUUUCUGUGCUGGAAAAAGCGUUUCAGGCGUCUGAUCAAAACAAGGAUUCCAUUACUCUACGUGUUGCUCAACUUCAUAUUGCAACAGAAGGUGGCAUAUGGGCCCAGGAAAAGAUACAGCAAGGAUGGCGACAUCUCUUGGGGCUCUCAAGUCUCAACUCAGGUGAGCUUAUGUUGUUAUGGCGCAAUCAUCUCUUUUUUUUAAAGACAAAUGCGUCCAACUUUCAGAUGGACAGGCUGUUGGAUGCUUAUCAUGAUGCUAUUGCGGCUAUAACGAAGCGCAUGGAAAUUGAUCCUGAACAUGUACACCCAAUGGAAAAGUUUCGUGUAGACGUGACUUUGGAUUUGUGUCGCAUUCUCCAGAGUGCUGGAUAUAUCGAAUGGGCCUAUUCGAUUAUACAAGCGGAGCUCGAGCUUUAUCUUGGCGUCUGGCGUGAAGGAAUACCCGCACACCUUGCCGCAGAAGAUAUUCUGGACCUUUUCUGUGUAUGGUGGGACGCGGAAUAUCCGCGAAUAUCCGAUCAUGCCGAUGCAUACUAUGGCUUUUCGAUCCAUCAUCCACAUGCCGGUAACCUAAGCAUUUUUCCUCGCAUUGAUUUAGAAGAUACAAUGACUACGCCAGAAACAAUGCAGAAUCACCAGCAUGCUUGGCAAUUAAAUGAAUUAAAACGUGCAAUCCGAACAACACCUGUCGCUUUUCAUGGUUCUCAAGAGCCUGACCCACAUUGUGAUCCCUACUCAUAUAUUGUUUCUUCAGAUAUUCGUCCACAUUUAUUUUUACCUCUCCGAGCCUCUUUAGAAAGUGUGCUCAUGGUAUUGGAUGCGUUCUUCGCUUUUCUUGGACUUCCUGAAGGCUGGAUUACUCAUACUUGUAAUCAUGAUUCUGAGACUACAUUUCCGAAACUUAACGGAUGGAUUCAGCAUAUACCCCGCUCAGUUCCGCGCUGGCAAACUCUGUCCCUAUCAACCACAUUUUGGCAGGGCAUCUCAUCACAAAAUGCAUUCAAGUGUCCACUUUACAGCUUCGAGAUUCUACCCGAUACGUGGAUUCCACGCACCGAGAAAGACCCGCGUGGAUUCUGGUUUCAUACAUUACCAACGUUACCUCGAUCUACAGCUUGCCAAGUGGAGCGAUGCCUGUUACAGAUGCGCUGCAUAUUGGCGGAUGGAUGUGCUGCAAAUAUUUCUUCCAUCAUGGUUCUUCCUUUGACUAUGCUGUAUGCAGCCACAUAUACUUACAAAGCUGCGAGGCAUGUUCUUCGUGACCAGCUACAGCAAACGCCUCAUAUGGUGGCAUUAUGGUAUGCCUAUGCCCAGCUAGAGCUGUCAAUUUGGGGAAACUGUGCUGCUUUGGGCAAAGUGUGCUCAGAAGUACUAGGUGGGGCCUCUCAUGCCUAUAGCGGGGCUUCUACGGCUUAUUUCCUAUCUUGUAUGUGGUCCUUGUGGAUCGAAUGCCUUUGGGUCACAGGGUCUUGGAACGCUUGUAUGCAAGUGAUAAAGUGUGCUGUGAAUUGCCAAUUCGGUUGUGUUCCCGAGCGCAUUCAAUUAUCAAAUGAAAGUGUGUCACCAGCAGAAGCGCUGCAGAUACUUCAUUCUCUGCGUAAAAUCGUUAAGACGAAACCAGACUGUACGAAUACGUUUGUCUUGGCCGUAUUAGAGCAUAUCCUGCAAGAUGUUUCGGUGGGUGACGAUUUGACCGCCAGUAUUCGCGUAUUCGCUGAAACGUUGAUUCAUUCACCUGAGCAUCUUCGCAAUGUGAUUGCACAAGUGUGUCAGAGAUUCUUAACGGCUUCACAAUGUUGCCAGAAGCGACAUAUAACGCGGCCCCGCGAACUUCGCUCUUUAGCAAUCAAACUUGCCCGAAUGUCUCCGAACAACUCGAUCCUCUUGUAUUCUUUGUUCAUGCAAAAUCAGAAAACACGUUUUGAUCAGUAUGUGCACUAUGUCAUGGAGGAGAUCGCUUUAUCAAAUACCAUGUGCAGGGAGGAGCUAGGAUGGCUUUAUGCCCUUAUGGCGCAGUUGCCAUGCGCCCAUCAAGGCACGCUACGCCAAUUUUUCGACAAGGCCUUGAAAGCUUUGCCAUUUAGUCAGACUUUGUGGCAUGCGGCCUUAGAACUGGAAGCAAGAGGGGUGCCUGAGCUUCGCCGUGUCAAGGCGUUAUUGUACCAGGCCUUGUGGCAUUGUCCUUAUGAUAAAGGUUUAAUACUACGUGCAAUGGAUCCAAUUCUGCAGCCGGCUUUCACAACUGAAGAACUAUAUACAAUUGCACGGGUGGGUGACGAGCGUCAGUUACGAAUAUUUGCGGACAUGAUAGCAUCGCCCCAUUCAGUUCAGGGCGGUGCUUGUACUGUGGCUGUGUCUCCCCUUAAAAGUGGAUCGUGCGCGUAG